AUGAAGUGUGAGUCUCUGUUCUCUGAGGGAACCCUCCGGAACCUGUCCAUCCAGUUCCACCUGGAGUGUGGCUACACGUCUCUGACCUACUAUGAGUACAACCCAGCCAAGGAGCACUUUCAACGGGCCAAGGAACUCUCUGGCCUAGAGAUGAACAUGAUAGGUAGGUACAGUAGGCUUGGACCAGUCUAAACAUACAGUAACAGCUUGACCGUUUAGAAGGCCUACAGUUUUGGUCAGGGAAGUGUAUGUAUAACAUGGUAAUUGGAUGAGGUCUUCGCUUCACGCAGGUGCUCUGGGCAAACGGACUCGCUUCCAGCAGAACUUCCUUGCCCAGCUGAUCCUGGAUGUCAAGCGUAAGGAAGACAUCCAAGCCCCUGAACCAGACAGUGAGCUGACCCUCUCCCCCACCCCGCUGGCCAGCCUGCCCAAGGUAAGCACUCUACCCCUCCUACCUUCACCCUCACUCACAUUGGGGGGCAAAUCCAGUGUGAUACUCAGUGUCACCAGCAGAGGGGGAUCUCCACUCCUCAAUAACUGA